AAAUUCGGAAUUUCCUAUUCCCCUUACAACACAGACAGUACCUGUAAAUCCCAAGAUGAGGUGAAUGCUGAUAUCGACAGACUUGAUAGUGACUAUGGCUUCAUUAGAAUCUACGGUAUAGACUGCAACCAAACCGCCACCGUGACAACAGCCGCAAAACGACACAAUCUCCGCGUUUUCGCUGGAAUAUUUGAUCUCUCUGAUUUUCCACAUUCGCUCGACGCCAUUAUCGACGUCGCACAUUCACAUUCCCACCUAGAAGUCCCCGAAGGAGGCGAAGAAAACGGCUGGUCCAUUUUCCACACCAUAGCAAUCGGCAACGAACUAGUCCAAACGCACCAAUCCACAAUCCCAGAGGUAAUCUCCGCCCUCCACCAAGCACGCAGCAUCCUCCGCUCCGCAGGCUACAACGGGCCCGUCGUAACAGUUGACACAUACACAAUGCUCCUCGAACACCCGGAACUAUGUGAAGCAUCUGACUACUGCGCGGCGAAUUGUCAUGUGUUCUUCGAUGCAACGCAGACACCUGACAGGGCGGGGGAUUAUGCGUUUGACGUUGCAAGAAGGAUUUCGGAGGGGACGGAGGGGAAGAGUGGGGGGAGGAAGAGGACUGUUAUUGCGGAGAGUGGGUGGCCACAUGAUGGGGUUGCGAAUGGGAGGGCUGUGCCGUCGGGGGAGAAUCAAAGGGUUGCUGUUGAGAGUUUGAGGAGGGUGUUUCGGGAGCAGAAUGACGAGGGUGAGGAUGGGGAUGCUGGGCUGGUGUUGUUUACGGCGUUUGAUGAUUUGUGGAAGGUUGAUAAUGAGGGGACGUUUGGGGCGGAGAGGUUUUGGGGGAUUAAUCGGUGA